CUUGUAGGUGGUGCCAGCGGCUUCCCUCCCAUCCCUCACACACAAUAGGCUGAGCAAAACAACCCGAGUCAGUUUCACUCGACAUGUGCUCGUUGUGAGGUGCCGUGUAGAAUUAUCUCCAAGAUGUCUAGUCUGAAGAGUUACGACAGCAAGGACCAGCUGGUGAAGUACACAGUGGACCACUCCCUAAGACUCACAGACGUCCAGAAGCGCCUGAACGAGGAGACUUUAAAACACGCCCGUUAUGCUAUGCUCGGCGCCCCUGAGGUACUCCAGCUCAACGCCAACAUCAUGAAGACAAUGGGAGCCAAGAAGGUGUUGGAUGUGGGGGUGUUUACUGGUUCCAGCAGCCUCUCAGCUGCCUUAGCCAUUCCUCCUGACGGGGAAGUUCACGCUCUAGACAUCAGCGAGGAGUACACCUCCAUCGGCAAGAAGUACUGGAGCGAGGCUGGGGUGUCCCACAAGAUACACCUACACAUCGCCCCUGCCAGCAACACCCUCCAGAAGUUCAUUGACGAGGGCCAGGCUGGCACCUUCGACUAUGUCUUCAUCGAUGCCGACAAGCCCAACUAUGACAACUAUUACGAACAGUGUAUGAUACUUGUGCAUGCAGGAGGCGUCAUCACCUUCGAUAACACACUCUGGGAUGGAAGUGUGUUGGACCUCAGUGAUCAGACGGCAGACACUGUGGCGCUCAGGAAGUUAAACGUUAAACUCAGGGACGACCAGCGCAUAGACAUUUCUUUCCUGAACAUUGGUGACGGGUUUACCAUGUGCUUUAAGAAGUAAUGUCACGAGUACAUCAAUAGAUAAAGUUUUUUAAAUGUCUUAUAAAUAUUAUUAAGAGGUACAAAGUUUCAUAUUCCUUUCCUUCGGCUCAAAGUUUGUUACGAGAUGUACUGUUGGGGUCGGGGAAUAUUUGUUGUUUUUAAGUUUGGAGAGGUUGAGGGUGUACCGUACUGUAGAAUGUAAAAGAUGAUUAGUGUUGGUACUGUGAUUGAAGGGUUUGUAAUGUGAUAUUAUAUUUGGUCCAGUUACUAAAAUAUAUCACAGUUUACUUUCACCUGUAGAAUAAAUAUAAAUCUUAAAAUGAUUAA